AUGCUCGGCUACCUGGCCGGACUCAACUUCACCAGGAUCGGACUCGUCGUUCCAGGCCCACCCACCGAGAACUACUACACUGCCAACGCCUUCUUCCUUGGUAUGCAAAAGGCCAACGUUGCCUCGCAAGUCUUUGUCGUGUCGACCAGCUCCUACGAUGACAACGACACUGCCACCGGUGCCAUCAACAUCCUCAAGUCCCUAAACAUUGACGCCGUCACCCAAAGCCAGCUCAGCAUGGCUGUCUCUGAGCACUUCCUUGACUCAUACAGUGCCAAGGCAUUUGGUUCCAAUGGAUAUCCAUACGAGUCAAUCUUGGGAGACACAGUUAUCCAGAGCAUUGUGAUGAACUUCCAUGUUAUAUUCAAGACCGUUGGAAACUCUAUCAUUGAUGGAACGUUCACCAGCAACAACUACUACCUUGACUUUAACACUGGCUUCUACACGCUCGAUCGUUACUCGUUCCUGGUGUCCGACAGCUACAUCAACCUCUCACAGCAGGUGUUCAACACCCUCGCCAGCCAGACUGACGUCGACGCCCAUCCAUACCUGUGCGCCGCCGAGAACGUUGCCAACUAUGGCUCCGAGUGCAUCACCCACCACCAGAUGCUGUCGAUGAAGACACUGUACUCGGGUGUCGCCAACCAGGGCUUCUACGCCGUGCCCACCACCGAGGUGUACGAUCGCCAAGCCAUCAACAUUGCUUUCAUCGCCGUGUCCUCUGUGCAGAUCUUUGUCGCCGCCAUCUUUGUUGCACUGUGCGUCGUCUUUGCCAACAAGUUGCCAAUCCUCUACUCCAACCUGUUGUUCUGCUUUGGCCUGAUCCUUGGUGCCGUUCUCGUGCCCGUCGGCAUCAUCCUUUACAACACGCAGCUCAAGACAACCGGUAUCUGUGUGUCUCGCGUCUGGAUGAUCUCACUCGGUUACAACUUCCUUGUCGGUCUGAUGAUCAUCAAGAACACCCGCAUCUACCUCAAAUUCAAGGAGCUGCUCCUGAAGCGCUCCGAUGUCAUCUCGCCAAUCUCCCCAAAGACCGUCUACAACUGGUACGGCGGCUUGCUGCUCAUCAACGUUCUGCUCCUUGCCCUGUACACUGGCUUGGGCGGCGUGUCAUCCUACAACUCGCUGGGCCUCGACGGCAUCGGUCGCUACGAGUACACCCAGAACUGCGUCAACAACAAGCGUGGCGACAACCUUUUGUACACGUUGCUGGUCUUCCACGGCCUUCAACUUCUCUACGGCUGCGUGAUGGCCUGGAGAACGCGUGUCAUUGACCUGGAGGAGUUUGAGGAGACACACGAGUUCAACAGCUGCAUCUACCUGAUCAGUUUCACAUUGUUCAUCGUCAUCCCUCUUAUGGCCGGCAUUGAGAGCCAGCGCAGUCGUGACGCCAUCAUCUCAUCGAUGGGUAUCUUCACGACAUUCACCACACUCAUCAUCAUCUUUGGCUCCAAGAUGUGGAAGGUGUACAAGCCAGUGGAAGACGACGGACUUCCCAACGUCAAGAUGCAGCAGUUGCCAGACAGGAACCGCGGCAAGACCUCGCCAUACAACCACUCGACGCUCACCAAGUCCCAGUUCCUCACUGCCGUCACCAACCCAACCGGUUCACAAUCGUCCUACCGUCCCGAGCACGAGAUGGACUAA